AUGCUGCCUUUCGUAUUGGUACUUCUCGCUGCGCAGAGUGCAUUCGCUGCACCCUCCAACGCUGCCGUCACCUUCUACAACACAAAUGAAGUUGGUUCAGUCCCAGACAAUGGCGGACUCGUAAACAGCUACAUUGUGUCGGGCCCCGUUGACUACUUAGACGGAGGAUCCAUUCCUCUCUACGCUCAGAUGCUACUCCAGAUCCUAAACGAUUUGGCUAACAGCCCCAACCCAGUCAGCAAAGCCACCGCAGUCAUCCAGACCAUUGCCGCCCUUGGAGAACUCUCCCACGGUACAUCUGGCGACUCUUGUGAAGCUGCUGGUCUCAUCAACGCAUAUGCCUACUCAGCUAAAUCAGGCAACAAAUCGGGUCUCCGUCAAGCCAUUGCCAACUUCGUAGCCCGUCUCUCCAACAACAUUGACACCAUUGCCCAACUGAUUGUCAACCCCAACGCUGUCCGUUACUCGGUCGGCCCCCGUGGAAGCUGCAUUGGUGGUGGAAGAACCUACCAAUUCGAAGAAUCUUGGGACGCCAUCUUAAGCAGUGCUGCACCAGCUCAAUCUGCGCUCUUGAACGAGGAAUACUGCGUGGCUAGACGUUUGUACAACGCGUUCAACAUUAGAAGCAACAACGUCGCUGCUGGAGUCUCCGCAGCCGCUAUUCCUCAAGUCAUCAAGGUUGCCCAGUACGCGCUCCAACCUUUGGCUCAGUUCUUAAGAGCCGUCGCCUCUGGAGAAAACCCUCUUCAACCAGCUGCUGCAGCUAAAGCGGGACUUAACCAAGCUGUUAACAAGAUCAAACUGUAA